AUGGUGUCAAAGUGCCUUUCCUCUACAUUCAGCGACGUCGACAACAAUUCAGAACUGAUUAGGGAAGAUAGAGAUAGUUAUGAAACUGAUGGAAAGGAAAUUGUUAAACCUCUUCUGUCUGAUGGGUGGGAGAAUGUUUUUGAUGAUCCGAACAAGCUUUUUCGUGGUGGUGUUGAUGCUGUUCGGUUGGCCUGUCAAAAGUAUUGUUUGAAGACUGGGUAUCGCGUAACAAAGGUGAAGAAUGAUCGUGAAAGGAUAAAAAAGUAUGUUGGGAGGCACACUUGUGGAGCUGGUGUGAAGUUGAGAAGUCCUAAAGUAUCGAAGAAGCUGUUUAACAAUGCAACUCAGACAUUUGAAAGGUUAUUCAUUGCAAUAGGCGCUUGUAUUGAAGGUUUUUAUCCGCUAGCCUUUGCAUUGGUCCCAGGAGAGGAUGUUGACAAUUGGGAUUGGUUUAUGUGCAAUCUUAGCAACAUUGUUGAUGACCGUCCUAUCACCUUUAUGUCUGAUCGUCAUGAAGGAUUGUUAAGGCCUAUUCCUAAACACUUUCCUACUUCCCAUCAUGGCUAUUGUUACUACCACUUGCAAGGAAACUUACCAAUCAGGAAAUCGGACGAGAAGUACAAAGAAGUUAUGGCUUGUUUCAAAAAAGCAACUUAUGCUCUCACACCAGCAAGAUAUGAAGAAGCACUAAUGGAAAUAGAGUUAAUGGGAAGGCCUGGGGUUAUUGAGUAUUGUCGCAAUAUGCCUAGGGAACAUUGGUCCAGCGCGUUCUUCACUGGCUGUAGAUUUGGUCAGACUACAUCAAGCGUUGCUGAGUCCUUCAAUAAUUGGAUUCGGAAAGAGAAGAGGUUGCCUGCCUGCGCCCUCGUUGACAUGAUCAGGUUACGCGUUAUGGAGUUGAUGAAUGAACGUCGUGAAAUGAGUCUUUUGAUGGACCCAGAGAAGCUCACUCCUACCUACGAGGCGCUACUUAAAGAACAUAUUCAAAUUGGUCGAGUUUGGAAUGUUACUCAGUCAUCUGCGUAUGAGUAUGAGAUUCAUUCGCCUAGGUCUCACACUGUUGAUCUGCCGAACAAGACUUGCACCUGCCAAAUAUGGCGUGUUUAUGGUUUUCCAUGCUCUCAUGCUACAGCAGCUAUUUCUGCCAAGGGUGAUCGAUACGUAGAUUAUAUCGAAGACUACUUCAAAGUUACAAAUUUUCAGCAGCUGUAUUCAAUUGCUAUCAGACCAAUCCCCAACUACAACAGGCCAGAGCAGUAUCUUCCAGAGAAUACUAUUUUUCCACCCCAUCCACGAGUUCCACCAGGUAGGCCAAAGGGAAAUCGUAUCAAGAAUGCAUGGGAGAAAGAUAGGAAGUCCGUCCGUUGUUCCAACUGCAAGAAGAAAACUCACCACAACAAGGCAACGUGCACUGUCAUUCCUUCAUACCCAUGA